AACCAGCCCUGUUAUUUUCUCGGACCUUUGCAUCCUUUCCUCAUUCGCACUUGACAUUCCUCAUUCGCUACUCUUCCAUCGUCACUCCCAACACAAAUUCAGGAACAACAUAAAUACAUCUCUUUAUUCAUCUAUAUACAGGAAAAGUUGGCUAUGAACGACGCUCUUUACCCCGCCGAUAUCAAAGAAUACCUCUACAAGAUUCUAGUUAUUGGCGAUGUCGGUACUGGCAAGACCUCCAUCAUCAAGCGUUACGUUCACAACAUCUUUUCUAUGAACUACAAGUCAACUAUCGGCGUGGACUUUGCACUCAAGGUGAUCCAAUGGUCCCCAGAUACUGUCGUCCGUCUACAGCUAUGGGACAUUGCAGGACAAGAGCGAGGGAAUAUGGCUCGUGUCUAUUACAAGGAAGCGGUUGCUGCAUUGAUUGUCUACGACAUCACGCGUCCAAAGACAUUUGAGGCCGUAAAACGAUGGAAAGCGGAUCUGGACUCCAAGGUCUCGCUACCUGAAGCCUUGGGCGGCGGCCCCAUCCAUACUAUCCUUCUGGCUAACAAGGUAAUGAGGAAAUGUGUUGUUUUGGAUGUUUGAACGGCACCAUAAACAUCGGAUAAAAAAUACGGUCGAUGAGACCGGUUGUAGACUUUGAGGGUUAAAAUCGUCCUUCUUUUUUAUGAUCUGUAGACUGACCUGCAGGAGAGCGCCUCAGGUACUCCUGACGCAGAGGAGAUGGACCAGUUUUGCAGAGAUCACGGAUUUCUUAAAUGGUAUGCUUUUUUUCUUUUUCUUUCUUUCUUUCUUUCUUUUUUUUUU